GGAAGCGCGUGUCGCAUUGUAAAAUGGCGGCCGUGACGUUCCGUCACGUACUACACGCCAGUCCAUUGGAUUUCGGAGGAGUGGUCCAUCUUGCUCCUCUAGGAUCUUUGGUUCCAACUUUGUCGAAGGAGCAAGACAGAGCAACAGGCAGCAGCCUCUCCUGAAUGACGUCCCCUGUGUUAGUUGUGCGUCUCCCACGGGGCCCGGAGGGACAGAGCCGAGGCUUUGACCCCACAUCUGCCCGCUACCACGCCUUGGCACCCUCAACCAUUCGAGCUUCGAACAACUGCUCCAGUGUCUGCCUGGCAGAGGAGCAGCGCUCCCGCUCUCUGCUCCGGGAACGCUUUCUGCAAAGUUUGAUUACGAUGACGAAGAAGCCGGUGACCUUUACAAUGUAUGAGCAGGUGAUUGUCACCGCAGCAUUCACCGCCUCUGACAUUGACAUCCUCAACUUCCAAGUCACGGCCUUGCAGACGCCAUUAGGCAUUCAGAAGGAAGCCUUACUGCGCUGUACUGACAUCAUUGCUUGUACAUUUGACCUUGAAUGCACUCCGACUAUUUGUUAGAAAGGCUGUUAUACCCUGUUACCUGUCUGGCUUGACCAUGGUCGGGUUAGAGUCACAACACUGGGAAUGAGAUUUUUAUUCCUCGAAAAGGCACAAAGCGCUGGAGUAACUCAGCAGAUCAGGCAGCAUCCCUGGAGAACCUGGAUGGGUGACCAUAUAACCAUAUAACAAUUACAGCACGGAAACAUGCCAUCUCGGCCCUACAAGUCCGUGCCGAACAAUUAUUUUCCCUUAGUCCCACCUGCCUGCAUUCAUACCAUAACCCUCCAUUCCCAUCUCAUCCAUAUGCCUAUCCAAUUUAUUUUUAAAUGAUACCAACGAACCUGCCUCCACCACUUCCACUGGAAGCUCAUUCCACACCGCUACCACUCUGAGUAAAGAAGUUCCCCCUCAUGUUACCCCUAAACGUCUGUCCCUUAAUUCUGAAGUCAUGUCCUCUUGUUUGAAUCUUCCCUAUUCUCAAAGGGAAAAGCUUGUCCACAUCACUCUGUCUAUCCCUCUCAUCAUUUUAAAUACCUCUAUCAAGUCCCCCCUUAACCUUCUGCGCUCCAGAGAAUAAAGAACUAACUUAUUCAACCUUUCUCAUUUUUCUCAGUACCCUUCUUCAGAUGAGUUACUCCAACACAUUUUGUGUCGGAACCCUUUUUCAGACCUGACCCGCUAAGUUGCCCCAGCAUUUUGUGUCUAUGUUUGGUUUUCAACCAGCUUAUGCAGUUACAUAUUGAGCAUUGAAAUUGGGAUGGAGAAACAAGGAAGUGCAGAUGCUGAUAUACAGAAAAACUGUUGGAGUAACUCAUCUGCAGAAGGGUACCGAACCGAAAGGUCACCUAUCAAUGUUCACCAGGGAUGCUGCCUGACCCGCUGAGUUACUCCAGCACUUUGUCUUUCGUUGGUAAUCCAGCAUCUGUAGUUCGUUGUUUCUAAAUGUUAUUCCUUCUCCCAUUGAGGAUUUUCGCACCCAUUCCAUUACCUUUGUAUCAGGAGGGGAAUUACUGGAGGUCUGAGGUGAGAGGUGGAAAAUGCACUGUUAUUAUUAAUAUGUGCAAAUUUGGCUUGUGCGGUAAAAUUUUGAAUUAAAAUGUUUAGUUUAUAAAAGCACGA